CUCUCCGCAGUUGCUCCUCAUGCUUGCUCACCAUGUGUUCGACUAAAUAACUCUGAGGUGUAUGCACAUGUGUGGGUGCUUUUUGGUCCGAUUGGAGUGGAGACGGUGGGUUGGUGUUCUAAUUCAGUAGUAAGCUACUGCCAGUUGUGUGGAUUUCUGGAGUGCCGUUUGCAAGGUCAUGGCUAAAACUUGCAGCUUCCCGUUAAAAAAGAGCUAAAAGCUCUUCAAAACUCGAGCAAAAUUUAUGCAAGAUUAACCUUACAGAAGCAGUGGGAAUGCAGACGAGGAAGUGCUUUGUGCUUCGGAGCUACCCGCAUAAGCUUGUUCCAGAAAAUGACCAAAAAAAAAGGAAAGCUUUGAGUUUGCUCGCCUGGUCCCUCAUCGUCGAGAUGGCAGCGUCACUUAUCUCUUGCUCACCUUCAGCGGAUCCGAAGAUAGAGAAGCCUGAUGAGAUAGUUACGACUGGCGUUCUGGCAAGUUUUAAGAAUUUCCUACGCAAGUGCAUUGUAGCUGUCCUCUCAUAUGGCCCAAUGCCUAAACACGUCGCAUUUAUUAUGGAUGGUAACCGAAGAUAUGCUAAAUUCAGAAGCAUCAUGGAAGGAUCUGGUCACAGGGUGGGUUUCUCUGCACUUAUUGCAAGCCUACUGUACUGCUAUGAAAUGGGUGUGAAAUACAUUACAGUAUAUGCAUUUAGCAUCGACAAUUUUAAAAGAGACCCAAGUGAGGUGCAGUCCUUGAUGGAGUUGAUGGAGGAAAAGAUCAACGAACUACUAGAAAACAGAAAUGUGAUCAACAAGAUUAACUGUAAGAUCAAUUUCUGGGGAAAUUUGGACCUGUUAUGCGAGCCGGUGAGGCUAGCAGCUCAGAAGCUGAUGGCAAGUACAGCUGGAAACACAGGGUUGGUCUUCUCUGUUUGCAUGCCAUAUAACUCAACUUCUGAGAUUGCCAAUGCUGUUAAUGAGGUCUGCGCAGAAAGGUGGGAAAUGUUGCAGAAAGAACAUUCUGGCAACUGUAAUGGCCAUGCUGCAAAUAAUGGUGUGCAUUCAGAGAUUUCAGUGGCCGAUUUGGAUCACCAUAUGUAUAGCUCUGGUUGCCCAGACCCUGAUAUCGUGAUCCGGACUUCAGGUGAGACUCGACUGAGCAAUUUCCUUCUGUGGCAGACAACGUUCAGUCAUUUGCAGAAUCCAGACCCUCUGUGGCCUGAGUUCUCUUUUCGGCACCUUGUUUGGGCUAUAUUACAAUAUCAGAGAGUUUACCCUUACCUAGAGCAGAACAGAAAGCUGGCUAAGAAGCAACUGUGAUCGCAUGUUCUUUGCAAGGAUAUACCAAAGAGAAUUACAGCUACAAUACAUUAACCUGUCCAGUUAUCUCAUAAUUUUCCCUGAUACAGGAAAUGCCGAAAUAAACAUGGCAUAACCCAUUAUGGACAGAUGAAGCGUGUGUGCAAUUGUGUAACUUAUUUUUGCUUGUAUGAGUGUUGUACUUCCGGGAUAUACAGACUGCCUUGUUUGGGCUAUAUUACAAUAUCAGAGGUUACAUGCUAUUUCAAAUGAAA